AUGUCGCACCCACCACAGAGACCAAUACAGCAUCUUCUCGUAGCAAACAGAGGCGAAAUAGCAACCCGCAUUCUAUCCGCAGCCCAAGAACUGUCCAUCAAAACCUCCGCCAUCUACACCUCCGGAGAUGCAUCGCACACCAGCCAUGCUGACCAAUCGAUUGAGCUCCCCUCAACAUCCAUCUUCAUGGACAUCGCUUCCCUGAUUGAAAUUGUGAAGAAACAUGGAAUCGACACCGUCCACCCAGGCUACGGCUUCCUCUCCGAGUCCGCAGAGUUCGCGAGGAGGAUGUGGGACGAAGCAGGCGCGAUAGUGAUAGGACCAGGCUGGGAGAUUCUGGAAGCAACAGGGGAUAAGUUAAGAGCCAGGGAAUUGGCGGAGAAAUGCAAUGUGCCUGUCUCCCCAGCCAUGCUCACUCCGACCUCCUCGUCUGAAGAAAUCGCCACCUUCGCUUCCCGUGUGGGGUACCCUAUCAUGGUGAAAGCCGUCGACGGAGGCGGCGGUCGCGGCAUCCGCCUAAUUCGCGAUGGAUCCUCUCUAGAAGCUGCUGUAAAGCGUGCAGUGGAAGAAAGUCCCUCGAAGACACUGUUCGCGGAAAAGGCUGCAGUUGACGGCUUCCGCCACGUUGAGGUCCAGAUCGUCGGCGAUGGGCAGGGAAACGUGACGCACCUCUGGGAGCGCGAAUGCUCGAUUCAACGACGGUAUCAGAAGAUUAUCGAGAUAGCGCCGAGCACACUGCAAGACAGAAGAAUCGUUGCGAGGAUCGUCGAAGACGCUAUACGCAUGGCCAAGAGCAUCCACUACUUCUCUCUCGGCACCUUCGAGUUUCUCCUAAACCCCUCCACGGGGACAUACUACUUCCUCGAAAUCAACCCCCGCCUCCAGGUCGAACACACCAUCACCGAAACCCUAACCUCCAUCGACAUCGUCCGCACUCAGCUCCUCCUCGCCCAAGCGGCGACAGCCCUCCCAACCCCUCAGGAUCCGCUCACUCCGCCGCAAACACACUCCAUCCAGCUACGUAUCACGGCUGAAAAUCCCGCUGCCAAUUGGACCCUCUCCAUCGGCAAGAUCACAAACUUCGAGUUUCCCGCGGGUAACGGAAUAAGACUGGACACGCACCUGUCGCAUGCACAAGCUACGGUCGUCUCGGCGUCUUACGACAGCCUGCUCGCGAAGCUCAUCGUCACGGCGUCGUCGUGGGACGCGUGCCUUCAAAAAGCGCAGCACGCACUCUCCAGAACGCACAUCGCCGGCGUGAAGACCAACGUCCCUGUCCUCCGCGCCGUGCUCGCGCACCCGGACUUUCUCGCUGGCAAGUGCGACACGCAGUGGCUGGAGGGCCGGAUGCAAGACGUGCUUGCACAAAGCCAGUCCAUGGCUGGGACAUCCUCGCGCGCAGCGCGAGACGCAGCUUCGCAGCCUGCAGCCACGGCGGCGGCGGCGGCGAGUACGUUACUGCGCAAGGGAGACGCGUGGGCGCUUACGCUGGCGCCCAAGAUGGCCUCGGGCCCCAGCCGUGAUACCGAGCCAGAGGUCAAAUCACAUCUUGAAAUCACGCGCGUCCUGCGCAACGAGUUCCCGCACGCGCUCGCCGCGGAUGUGCGCUUCACCACGCCUACACGGGAACCCAUAGACUACACCCUCUCCCUAUCUUCCACUUCCGCCUCCGCGUCAGCAACCACUUCCACGAACCGCCGCGCCAAUCCUGCGGAUGCGUCACACGUGGCAAUCCCGUUCGCGGGGAAGCUGGUAGAGGUGCUUGUCGACGAGGGUGACGCUGUGAGAGAAGGGGACGUAGUGUGUGUGGUGCAGCAGAUGAAGAUGGAGCUGGAAGUUCGAAGUGCGCGGAGCGGGGUGGUGACGUGGGUGUGUGAGGCCGACGAGGGGGACGAGGUGGGCGAGGGGACAUUGGCUGCGAUUGUGAUGUCAUCCCACGAGGCGCGGCUGUAG